AGCUCUGUGGGUAGUCGACGGGGGUCUCCAGGCGACAACAAACCAUGGCGGGGGAUGUAGGCGGCCGCGGCUCCACGGACUCGGAACUGCUGCUGCACCCGGAGUUGCUGUCCCAGGAGUUUCUUCUCCUCACCCUAGAGCAGAAGAACAUAGCUGUUGAAAAUGAUGUCAGAAUAAACAAAGACAACCUUACUGAUCUUUAUGUCCAGCAUGCUAUACCAUUGCCUCAGCGGGAUUUGCCAAAGAAUCGAUGGGGGAAAAUGAUGGAAAAAAAAAGAGAACUACAUGAGAUAAAAAAUGAGACUAAAAGGAGUAACACUGUAGAUGGGUUAAGGAAAAGACCCCUUAUUGUGUUUGAUGGAAACUCAACAAGUACAUGCAUCAAAGUGAAAAGGACAGAGAAUGGAGACAAUGACCGACUCAAGCCUCCCCCUCAGGCAAGCUUUCCCAAUAAUGCCUUUCAAAAAUUAUCAAAUUCCUCUUCAGGUGUUUCACCCCUAAUUUUGUCUUCCAAUUUGCCUACGAACGAUAAGAUGGAAUACAAUAAUGACAAUAAACCAAACCAUGACUUAACGCAUAGGAAAAGUCUUUCAGGUCCCAUGAAGUCACCACCUUUGUCCCCUGUUGCAACUACACCUGUGAAGUUGAAGCGAGCUGCUCCUAAAGAAGAAGCAGAAGCUGUGACUAUCCUGAAGCCCCCAGAAGCAAAGAGGAAGAUACAACACGUUACAUGGCCAUGAAGGGAUGUUUCCAAAAAUGUAAAUAUAACUGUAACAAGUUUUUCAAACAAGUGCACAUACAUUUGACAGUAUUGACAGAGAUUCUGGUUAUUGCAGAAUUUUCUUAAGAAGAUAAGGUCUUUUCUCCCUCCCUUAAAAAAAUUUGCCUCUCACAUCUUGAUUAGGAAUUUCUUUGUUAAAUAAUGGUUUUAUAUACAUCAUUUAAAUUGGUCCUCCUCAAAUCAUUAACUGCAGACCUGGCAUAAAACAUUUAACCAACUUUAGGAAUUACUCUUACUAGUUUCCUUCAGAGUCUUUGAAGAAGUUUGAGAUUCUUUUUUAAUGCAAAUACUUUAGUAAUUUACUACCAUUUCUGUUAAUUUGCUUUCCUAAGCAUUAUAAUAGUUCAUUACAGCAUUUUAGUAAAUAUUACCUUAUGCAUCCUCAAGGAUUCACCAAAGAAAGCAUCUUGGUAAAUACUUCUAGAAAACGAUUGCGAAUGUACAGAUAAAAUUGCUUUCUUCAAUUGCUUAUAUUGCUUCUUCCUGUAAAAAGCAAAAGGAAAGGCAGUGCUUCCUCCUUGCUGCUGCUCCUCCCCCUGAGAUCAUACUGUAGGAUUGGCUGUGAGCUGUCUGGAGCAUCCCUUGUCUAGUAGCAGUCCUGCCUACUCUAUUGUGAGUAGCCUGUGAUCUCACUCUGAGUUUAGCUGUUAUUCCCUUCUAGGAGCUUACUCUCUUAAAAAAUGAAGUUGAUUUAAAAAUCUUCAGGCUGAGUAAUCAUGUUAGAGAUGGCACUUGGUAGCAGAAAGUUUAGAGAAUUGAUGGGGAGCCAUAGAAUUCUACUUGGGAGAGUACAGAAAGUGUGGUAGUGAGGGGCAAAAGGUCUGCUCUGACGUAUGCAGUAGAGAGGCUACUGGAAUCCAAAUUCACUGCAUGGUGCUGCAGAGGAGAAUGGACUUCUAGUAGACUGAGGCCUCCUGUUGUGUAACACAUACAACUUCCCACACAACUAUCCCAUGUAGGAAAGAGGUUUUCUUUCUUUCUUUUUUUUUUGUGCGUGAGACUGUCACUUCCAAUAUAAUGGAAGGCAAUGAGAAAAUAGUAUUCACAUUAUGUUCAAGAGUUUUAGUAUCUACUUUUCUGCUAUGUAUUUCUAACCAAGAGCAAAAGAUACUUUGUACUUUUUUUAAUAUAUAUAUAUAUAUAUAUAUAUAUAUAUAUAUACAAAUUGAGGUUGACCCUUUUCCAGUGAGUUUUAGAGGAAUCUCUUUCCUCUUUCAAUUUGUUAAAACAACUUGUUCAGCUAGUGAGUAGCCUUACAAAAAAUUAAUUCAGCCUUACAGGUAAGUUCUAACCCUAGAGUUUUUAAUCAGCUCUGCCUUUAUUCUGGACUAAGUCUAUAACACACAAGACAAAAUGGAUAUACAUAUUAGUGUUACAUAAAUUAUUGAUGCUAUAGUAAGUUUUACUAUAUUAUUAACUUGAUGGCUGACGCAUAUUGUGGAUGAGAACUGUGAUUCUCUCCGUAAAUAUUAAGAUUUAAAAGUUCAGGUUUUAGGUAGAAUGACAAAUUAUAUUUUGUAUUCAGUUAUCCUUCAGCUUCCACUUGUAUUUCUCUCUUAGUUAGGAGAGAGUUAGCAAUUUGACAAUUUUAAGUCAGUGAGAACUUUUAGUUACUCUGAAAUUAAUUUUUAAUUUGUAUAUUUAUAAACUUACAGAGUAGGUUGAUAAUAACAGCUGAACUGUGUAACAUUGUUGCUUCAAAUUGAAGUUUAUAUUAUGAACAUCAGAGUCAGUGCUUUUCUAGCAGCAUAUUAUUGAACUGUUAUGAGUUUGAAAGGUGAGGAGUGCUGCAGUGCACUGUUUGACGUGUUUCCCCCAUCCUAGAGUGAGUGCCAUGCCUUCGGCAGCAUGUGGAAACUGCUCAUCCGCCACUGGCUCUCUCACAUAGUGAAGCAGACCUAGUGCUACAAAUCUGGGGCGCAGCACCACUGGGAGUCUUAGCUUUUAAGUUGUAUUUUCCUCGGAUGUCUAGGAAAGCUUAGGAAGAUUUGAUGUGAAUGGUGAACCACUUUGGAAUAAUCUUUGUGUUGCUCUUGGUUCUGUAUUCCAAUAGAGCCAGUUAUCUUAUUUA